AUGGUAUCGAAAAAAGAGAUUGUCUUUGAUAUAAAGGAACAAGGUGUUCUGGUGAGUAGAGCAUUAAAAAAUGAUCUAUUAAUUGAAGCAAUAAGACAUUGUGCAAAAGCUUUGAAAAUUCUGAGAUCUAGCCAUAUACCACUACCUCUAUAUUUCGAAUUUUAUACUUUAAUUGAUGAAAAAUGUUUAUCUGUACUUUCGAGAUAUUUAACUGAAGCUCAAAAAACGAACAAGGUUGAUUUAAAUGAAGUUUAUACGAUUAUCCAAUAUACCGGAAAUAUUUUACCUAGAUUAUAUCUGUUAAUAACUGUAGGUAAGUGUUUUUUGAAAUCCAACCCUGAAUAUAGAAUUGAAAUCCUUAAGGAUUUAGCUGAAAUGACCAGAGGUGAGCAAGAUCCAAUAAGAGGUAUAUUUUUGAGAUAUUACAUUUCUAAUAAUAUUACCCCUGUAUUUCUCACAGAAGAAUUCAAAGAAGUAGAUUUAAGCUUCAAAUGCGAUUUUAUAAUGACCAAUUUUAUCGAAUGUAAUAAACUCUGGAUAAGGUUACAGUUUCAAGGGUUUCUAAAAGAGAGAAUCCAACACAUUAAAGAUAGGGAACAUAUUAGAGCUAUUAUUGGUUUACAAUUAUUACAAUUAUCAAACGUAUUGAAUAGUGACAUUGAGAAAUACAAAUCAGAUAUUUUACCUGUAUUGAACCAGCAAUUGAUUAAAUGUAAUGAUGUAAUGGCUCAAAAAUAUAUCUUCCAAGUUAUUUUGGAGGUAUUUCCAGUUAGCUUUCACUUGGAUACAAUAGAAUCUUUAUUAGAAACAACUCUGCUUUUGAAUCAUGAUUUAUCUAUUAGUGAGAUAGUCGAUUAUUUAAUUGGAAGAAUAAAUAAAGGGAUAGAAAAAUUUAACAUUCAAUUAAUUGAAUACACUAAAGUGUUUUGGGACUAUCUAAAUGAAUUGAACAAGAAAAUACCUUCUUUACCUUUAUCUGAUUUCAUACCGUUAUUGAAUAACAUUAUGGAUAUCUCUGUAGAUGAAGAAAAAGUAGACAACAUAAAUGGUUACUUUGAGUUAUUGUACAAAAAACUAAAGGGCAGUAAUGUUGAGAUUGGGAAAGAAGAACACAAGCUUCUUUUUGAUUUCUUGAUUUUCUCUAAUUUGAAAAGAGUCAAAUGCAACGAAAAAUUUUAUUUCAAGGUUUUAACUUCUUCAUCGAAAUGGUAUUACGAUUUACUGCAAUUACAACCACGUGAAAUUAAAGGACAGAUAAUAGGAACUUUGCUGUCAAAUGUUGUAAAUUCAAAUUCUCAAUUGACGAUAUCUUCUUCAUCACAAGUCGAAUCUUUACUCAAAAUCUCAAAAAUCAUGCUUGAUGAUUCAGAAGGAAAUUACAUUGAUGCCGCCAAAGAUAUUAUUCCUAAGGUAAUAAAUUUUAUUUUUAUGUCAUUUAAGUCCGGUACCUUUAAUAAUUCUUUUGAAAUUACUUUAAAGAUAAAAAAUUGGAUAUAUGACUCCAAUCAUGAUUUCAUUGUAAAUGUUUAUCCAUCAAUUAUAAAUCAGCUAUGGAAGUUGGUAAGGGUAUGCCAGGUAAUCGAGAGAAAGUAUUCCUCCAACGCAGAUUUCUGCCAACAUUAUAACAAUUUAUCAAAGCAGCUAUUUCGACAUAUUUCUAGAUGUUUAGGAGAUAUUUUAAUGGUAGCGAAGGAAGAUGACAAAGAUUCAAUCGAAAUGGCCUACAAAUUGUAUUUAAAUACGGCAACAUUGGCGGAUCAAUUCAUGUUAGUUGACAUUUCAAAUGAUUUCUUUUUACAAGCUUUUGAAUUACUUGAAGAGAAGAUUAUCAACAAAUCCUUUGACCAGAUAAGUUUACUGAAGGUUUUGAUACAAUCAUUGCAAAAAACUAAAUCUUUAAAUAAUGAAGAUAAAGUAUAUGAAGAUUUAGCAAUCAGAUGUGUAGUCGAUGCAUCCAAGUUAUUGAAAAAACAAACUCAAAGUUGUGCUAUUUCCAGCUGCUCAUAUCUAUGGUGGUGCAAAUCAGUGACUAUAAUGAGCUCCGACAAAAUCAAGUCUAAUAAUAAGUUUUUUAAAGAUGGAAAGAGAAUAUUGGAAUGUUUACAAAAAUCAUUAAGAUUAGCUGAUUCGGUAAUGGAUAAUAUAAUGAGCAGUCAAAUAAUGUUAGAAAUUUUAGAAAUUUGUUUAUAUUAUUAUGAUACUGACGAAAAAAAUGAAACCCACAUUGGAUUCAAUUAUAUAAAUCAACUAAUAUCGUUGAUACAGAACACUAUACAGUCGUUGGAAUUAGAAAUGACUACAACCCAAUUUGCUAAUGUUGAAAGGAAUGGUGAACUCGGAGCUGAUAAAAUUGGAUUAUGGGUUAUGGGUAUUGGGAAUUCCUACAUUCCAAUUACGUCGAUUAAUGAUGUAAAUAGUUCCGACGAUGUGAAUAAUAAUAACAAGCACAUUGACCACAAUAAUAUUAAACCUGUUAAAGAAUUAUCAAUCCAGGACAAAAUAUAUAUCCCAAUUAGUCAGUUUACGAGGAUAUUAAAAUACAUUGAAUCUCAGAAACAAACAAAUAAAUCUUAUAAUUCUAUAAACAUUUAA